UCUUUCUCUCUCUCUCAGUCCUCCUCCUAGAGAAGAAGAAGAAGAAGAUUCAUCUUCUAUUUUCUUCUCUUUGUUUUAUUCCACAGAUUCAGCAUGGCUUCCUCCAGAUGGUUAAAGCCAGAGGUGUAUCCACUAUUUGUUGCAGUUGGUGUAGCUGUUGGAAUCUGUGGCAUGCAGCUUGUUAGAAACAUCUACACCAACCCUGAAGUCAGGGUUAACAAGGAGAAGAGAGCUGCUGGGGUGCUUGAUAACCAUGCAGAGGGAGAGAGAUAUGCAGAACAUCGACUGAGGAAAUACGUUCGCAACAAAACCCCCCAGAUCAUGCCUACCAUCAACAAAUUCUUCUCAGACCCACAGAUUCGAGACUGAAAAACGGAUUAUGCGACUCGGCUCUGGAUCUGUUUGAUUGGAGAAUGUAGGACACAAGUUUGUUUCAUGAAAGUGUCGUGAAAAAUUAUGUACGACAAAGUUGCCAAUUUGUUGGUGCAUGAUCCAUCUAAUUCAUCAAUAAAGUUCAUAUUUUUUUAAAA